CAUGGCGGCGGAGUGUGGGCAGCUCGUAGCUUAGUAACAAGAAGCCUUUCCGUUAGACCGACGCGUUUAUCUCGCGGUUCCACUUCGGUACGUUUCUUUUUCGGUUGUUUCUCUGAGAUCUGAAGCAGCAGAGAUGGAGCAGAACAAGCAGGGAGACCUGGUGUUCGCCAAGAUGAAGGGGUUCCCUUACUGGCCUGCUAGGAUCUGUAAGUCUGACACUGGAACCAAGAAGCGAGUCCCGGUCUACUUCUUCGGUACCCAUCAGAUAGGUUCGGUCCUUGUGGAGAACGUUGUUCCCUUCAUCGGUAACAAGAUGAAGUACGGCAGCGGUGUCCGCGGCAAAGGCUUCUCAGAGGGCAUGUGGGAGAUCCAGAACACGCCGGGAGUCGGGAGUAAAGUCAGAAUACCAGCACAGACCAACACGCAAACCCCAUCUAGAACUACACCUGCUAAACCGACUUCUGCACCUAAAACUACACCUGCUAAACCGACUUCUUCUGAUAGACCCUGUCCCGGUAGAACCCGAGUCACGAGUAAACAGGAAACAGCUGCUGUGGCUAAAACUCCAACGAGGGCUUCGCUGAGAUCUGCUCCGCAGAAAACGACCGACUCCAAACCGACUUCAGACGAGACUUGUGUCACCACGAGGAGGAGCAGAAGAUCAGCUGCUGGAGGAAGGAGUGAGGAAGAGAAGGAGGUUGAUGCUGAGCAGCAAAAGGAGACGACACCUGCUGUGACCUCUCCAGUGAGUAAGAAGCCGAAGUCUGCCCCGACACAAAUGUCGAAGAACGAGGGAGGACGGAGAGACGAGGAGGAAGAGGAGGUAAAGAAGGAGGAAGAGGAGUCAUCAGAGAGCCAAGGAGUCAAGAGGAAGAGGGACGAGAAGGACGAAGAGAAGGAAACAAAUCAGGACAACGGUGAAGGAAAGAAAGAGGAGGAGAAGCAGGAUGAAGGUGAGGAGGGAAAGAAAGAAGAGAGGAAGACAUCAGAGGGAAGGGUGAUGAAGACGAGGAGGGCAGAGAAGGAGGACGAGGCGAAGACGGAACAAGGUGGCAGCGAAGGAAAGGAGAGGAGAGAGACGAGGUCGGAGAAGAAAGGAGCGAAACAGGCGCAGGACGAAGGUGUGGAGGGAGGAAGAGGAGCAAAGACAAAAGAGAAGGAGGAAGAGGAGAAGUCAUCAGAGAGCCAAGGAGUCAAGAGGAAGAGGGAAGAGAAGGAAACGAAUCAGGACAACAGGAAAGGAAAGGAAGAGGAGGAGAAACCGCAGAAGACAAAGCCGGAUGAAGGUGUGGAGGGAAAGAAAGAAGAGAGGAAGACAUUAGAGGGAAGAGUGAUGAAGACGAGGAGAGCAGAGAAGGAGGACGAGGGGAAGACAGAACAAGGUGGCAGCAAAGGAAAGGAGGAGAGGACGAGGAGAGAGACAAGGUCGGAGAGCGAGGGAAGAAAAAGAACGAGAGAAAAGGAAGAGCUGAAAACUGAGAGCAAAGAGAAGGAAGCGCAGGAGGAAGAGGUGAUGAAGGAGACGGAGGAGGACAAAAGUGGAGGCAGCAAAGGGACGAGGAGAGGGGAGGAAGAGAAGAAGACGAAGCCGGAAGAAGGUGAGGAAAAGAAAGAAGAGAGGAAGACAUUAGAGGGAAGAGUGAUGAAGACGAGGAGAGCAGAGGAGGACGACGAGGGGAAGACGGAGCGAGGGACGAGGAGAGCAGAGGAAGAGAAGAAGAAGAAGGAUGCAGGAGAUGAAGGAAAGGAAGAAGAGGAGAAGGGAGGCGGCGCUGUGGACGAGGAGCGCCAGCGCCGCCUGGCUGCCAAGAGGGAAAGUCUGCUGAAGUCUCUGAGAGGUCUGCUGAAGGCCGGGAGAGGAGCGAAGAGGACGAUGAAGAGGAGCUCCCAGAAAGAAGCAGCGAAGAAGAACCUGGAGGUUAAAAAGAGGAGGAGUCACACGGUGCCAGAGAAGAAGAGUUUGAUCCGCAGGAAGUCCGUCGGCAAGAAAGAAACAACGGAGGUGAAACAGAAAGGUGGCGCUGAAAAAGAAGAGAAGAAGAAGGAGGAGCCGGACAAGAAGCCCGGCGCGAGGAAAGUUACGGAUGACGUGAAGACGAAAGAAAAGGAGAAGACUGAGGACAAGACGAAGAAGGACGAGGAGAAGAAGGACGAGAGGAAAAUCAUCGGGAAGAUCGUGAAGGCGACGUCUGGAGGAGGAACGAAGGUCCAGGUGAAGACCAUCAUGGGAGGAGCGGUGAUGGCAGCAGCAGCGUCGGUAGAAGAGAAGAAGAAGAAAGAGGAGAAGACGACAAGCAGAGAGGAAAAGGUAGAAGAUAAGAAGAAGAGUUUUGGAAAGAGAGAGAAGAGAUCUGAGGACAGAAAGUCGACGGACGACAGGAAAGACAAGAACGUAACGGAGGUAGAGAAAAAAGGUAAAAAGGAAAACGAGACGACGAAGAAGAAGAAGGAAGAGGAGCUGAAAGCGCCGGCGAAAUCACAAGAGAAGAAGAAGGAAAGCGAGGUGGGAAAACCGAGCGAACAGAAGAGGGAGAAGAAGAGCGGCAAAAUUACAGAAGAAGAAGAACCAACGAAGGGCGCGGAGUCGGAGCAGAAGUGCACAGAAGACGAGGCGAAAACGCAGAAGAAGAAAACGGCGACGGCGGAGGGAGAAGAUGAGUCCAGAGCGGGUGAGGAGACGAGGAGCGCAGAAGAAGAAGAAGACGGCACAACGCAGAGCGGCUCGUCGAGCGGAGAGAAGAAGAAGAAGAGUUCCACCAUGACGCUGACGGACUCCACGCUGCACCGGAUCCACGGAGACAUCCGGAUCUCUCUGAAGACCGACAACCCCGACAUCAGGAAGUGUCUGCUGGCGUUGGACCAGCUCAGCAUGGUCUAUGUGACGUGUAAACACGUCCAGAGACACAGCGAGCUCGUCUCCACGCUCAGGAAGCUACGCUACUACCGAGCUAACCAGGCCAUCAUGGACAAGGCGGCCAUGUUGUACAGCCGCUUCAAAAACGCUUUCCUGGUGGGGGAGGGGGAGGAGGUGGUGAGCGCCGCCUUCCUGCGUUCUUUACUGCAGGAGAAGGAGAGGGAGGAGGCUCAGCGGGUGGAGAAGCUGAGGGGGGAGGAGCCUGUGGAGGAAGGGAAGGAGACAAGGAAGAGCGGUGACGGAGGAGAGGACGAGGAGGCGAAAACAGAAAUCGCUCCAGUGGACUGCCCCUGAAGAAUCUGUAUUUUUGAAGCAGCCUGGACUGAACCAACUCUAAUCUGAGGAAGCACCCCUCCCCCCACCACAUGGACAAUGACCUCUUCCACUCACACACACCUGUACAUUACCUGAUUAUUUAUUACCUGUUGUAUAUGAAAGGAUGUCGAUAUCUGAGUAGGAGUUAACAUGUUCGGAUGGAUUUUCACACCUGAGCAGCUACAGUUUGUUAGCAUUAGUUUAAUUAAUAGUGACGUUACUAUUAAUAUACAUUAAUAACUACAUUCACCUGAGCAUUAAGACCUUUGUUUUUAACUUGUACCCUCACCUGUCUCUUUAAGCUCACCUGAACCAUCUAUACCUUCAAGAAGCCGGCGUAGCCUUAACCUGCCUCUAACUGUUCAUGAGGAGCGGGUACAUGGUCCUUCAGUCAUCUUUUCAAAUACUACAGUAACAGUACUUAAGGGGACAUCUGGUCCUCACAUGGUCCUUCAGUCAUCUUUUCAAAUACUACAGUAACAGUACUUAAGGGGACAUCUGGUCCUCACAAGAGCAUGUAAAAAUCUGGUCAAACUCAAAUCUUAUUUCAUCACUACGUCAUCUGCAAAUAUUUAAAACCUUCCACCUGUGUUGGUUCAGGGAGAACAGGAUGUGACGGGGCUGAUGGGAAAUGUAGUUUUAAUUUAAAAGUGUGCUUUCUUUUUUUAAUUUAAUGUCUGAUUAAAGGACAUUUAACCGGUUUUAAAUCUUCACAUUUUAGCAUUAAGUGGAUCCGUUGAAGGUUGACGCUCACGCCUCGGUUGCCGGGCAGGAUUCGGAGGUGCCUUGCUCAACGCACUGCAGCAGUGACCUCAUGAAGAACUGCUUUUAUAGAACUUUGUACAGCAAGAUGUUUUAUUCAGUAUUUUUAUUGUGACAUUUUUUGUUGUUUCUUGUGUGCAGUCGUUUACUCUGUAAGAACAUUUAUGAUCAUGAGAAUUAGUGAAUAAUUAAAGAAUCACAAAUCA